AUGACGGCACCAACUCACGCAGAACUCGUCGCAAAAGCCCAACGCCUUGUCCGGGAAAAAGAUGCCCUGGAAGCCCACAUCCGUGAACUCGAGCAAGUCCUUCAAUCCCAAGGUGUUGGCAUGGAUGACCCACUCACAGAUGCAGCAGGAUUUCCCCGAGCCGAUAUCGACGUUUACCAAAUACGACAUGCGCGUGUAGAGAUCAUUCGAAAGAAGAACGACCUGAAGGCUAUCAUGAAAGAUAUCGAACAAGCUCUGCACGAUGUACAUGCUCAGGCAAAGUUGGAACCCACUGUGACUGCCGCAGAGACGCGCGAGAGAACGACGAUAAACGAUGACAAUUUGAAACCCUUUGCGCUGGUUAAUGGUGUCGCACCAGAUAGUCCGGCAGAUGAAGCUGGGAUGAAACGGAAUGAUCUGAUUCUCCGAUUUGGCACUGUCGAUGCAACACAUCGGGAAGGGCUCAAGAGGCUCUCCGAUCUCGUGGCAGGGAGUGAAAACAAACCGAUUGAUAUACUAGUUCGGCGGGACGGAACUGUCACAGCACUAACAGUUACCCCCCACAAAUGGAGUGGAAGAGGACUGCUUGGGUGCCAUCUGGUACCAAGUUGA